AUGGCGUCAACCGAAGACAACAAGCUCACCUUUGUGAUGAUGGUUCUGAAGAACUCGGACAUGAAGCCAGACUGGAAGGCGAUUGCGACCGAGGCCGGAAUCAGCCUUCCUGGCAACGCUCAAGCCAAGCUCCGCAAAAUCGCCCAAGCAGCAGGAUACAAGCUCGUGAAUGGUAAUCAGAUUGUCGAGUUGGAUGGCACCGAGGACGCAGCAAAGACCGCGACAGCAGCGCCGACGAAGAAGAGAAAGUCCCCUACCAAGAAAGAAAAGGUGGCCAAGGACGAGUCAAGCAACGAAACUGCCACAGAAUCACCAAGCAAGAAGACGAAGCUCACUCAAGUUGCUAGCGACAGCGCCCAGGAGGAGGUCAAGCAGGAGGUCAAAGAUGAAGAGGCCUAA